CACGUGUUGUUUUGCUCUUUAGUUGGGGCACUCGGUGCGCGAUGUGUUACUUACGGCGAAACUCCCGCCGGCGCCGGCAGCAGCCGCGGCGGCAGCAGCAGCGACAGCAGCAGCGGCCGGGGAGCGGCAGCGGCGUCGCCGGUACCCGAGCCAGGGAGAACACCGGGCGGCCGCCGGCAGCACCCGCUGCCUAGAGGCGACGACAGAGGACCCCGCUGCGGCUCCGGGCACCGCGCUCUCUCUGCCGAGGAAUAACUUUAUUUUACCCGCUUCCUCGCCAUUCUCUUUUUCCCGCGGCGCUUGGUCUCCAGCCCCGCUCGUCGUCGGCGGCAGCAAGAGGAGCCGGGCGGUGCUCCCGCCGCGGUGUCGGGGAUGGCGAGCCCCGCCGUGCUGGGGCUGCUGCCCCCCCUGAGCUCCCCGCCCGGCCCCAACCUGAACAACAACAACAACAACAACCAGGGCGUGAGGAAGUGCGGGUACCUGCGCAAGCAGAAGCAUGGCCACAAGCGCUUCUUCGUGCUCCGGGGCCCGGCCGGCGGGGAGGAGGCGGCGGGCGCGGGGGGCGCCCGGCUGGAGUACUACGAGAGCGAGAAGAAAUGGAGGAACAAGUCCGGGGCGCCCAAGCGGGUGAUCGCCCUGGACUCCUGCCUCAACAUCAACAAGCGGGCGGACGCCAAGCACAAGUACCUCAUCGCCCUCUACACCAAGGACGAGUACUUUGCCGUGGCCGCCGAGAACGAGCAGGAGCAGGAGGGCUGGUACCGGGCUCUCACCGACCUGCUCAACGAGGGCAAGGCGGCCUGCCAGGGGUCCCCUCACCGCCACCUCGCCUCCCCCUUCUCUGCCUCCUGCAGCGCGGCUGCCGCUUCCCUGGCAGCUGCCGGCGAAGACCUCAACUACGGGCUGAUCACCCCGGCCAGCGCUGCCUACCGGGAGGUCUGGCAGGUGACGCUGAAGCCCAAGGGCUUGGGACAGAGCAAAAACCUCACCGGUGUCCACCGGCUCUGUCUGUCGGCCCGCACCAUCGGGUUCGUGCGCCUCAACUGCGAGCUGCCCUCGGUCACGCUGCAGCUGAUGAACAUUCGCCGCUGCGGCCACUCCGACAGCUUCUUCUUCAUCGAGGUGGGGCGCUCGGCGGCCACCGGCCCCGGCGAGCUCUGGAUGCAGGCGGACGACUCGGUGGUGGCCCAGAACAUCCACGAGACCAUUCUGGAAGCCAUGAAGGCGCUGAAGGAGCUGUCCGAGUUCCGGCCCCGAAGCAAGAGCCAGUCCUCCUCUUCCUCCUCCUCCGGGGGAGCCGCCGGUCCCGGCGGCAGCGGCGUCUCUGCUACCCACCCCAUCACCGUGCCCGGCCGCCGGCACCACCACCUGGUCAACCUGCCUCCCAGCCAGACCGGCCUUCUCCGCCGCUCCCGCACCGACAGCCUCGCCGCCGGCACCAAGUGCACGCCGUGUCGGGUGCGGACGGCCAGCGAGGGCGACGGCUGCCGGGUGGGCUCGGUGGCCGGCAGCCCCAUGAGCCCGGGCCCCGUGCGGACCCCCCUCAGCCGCUCGCACACGCUUAGCAGCGGCGGCGGCCGGCAGGCGGGGAAGCUGCUGCCGGUGCUGGCCGGCGGUGGCGGCUUGCAGAACAGCCGCUCCAUGUCCAUGCCCGCCUCCCACUCGCCCCCCUCCGCCACCAGCCCCAUCAGCCUCUCCUCCAGCAGCGGCCUCGGCUCCGAGCCUGCCCACCCGCAUCACCCGCAGCGCCCGUCCAGCGGCAGCGCCUCCAUCUCCGGCUCCCCCAGCGACGCCGGCUUCAUGUCCUUCGACGAGUACGGCUCCAGCCCAGGUGGCGACCUGCGGCCCUUCUCCUCCUCCUCCACCGCUAGCAACCGCAGCAACACCCCCGAGUCGGUGGCCGAGACCCCCCCGGUGCGGGACCCCGGGGGCGGCACCGACCUCUACGGCUACAUGGCAAUGGAGCGGCCCCCGAGCGGCCGCCUCUGCUACCGGCCCUGCCCCGACGCGGGGGCCGACAGGGGCCAUCGGAAGCGGACCUACUCCCUGACCACCCCGUGCCGGCAGCGGCCCGCCCCGCCGCAGGUCUCUUCCGCCUCCCUCGACGAGUACACGCUGAUGCGCGCCACCUUCUCCGGCAGCGCCGGCCGCCUCUUCCCCUCCGGCCAAGCCGGGGCUUCCCCCAAAGUGACCUACACUCCCUACCCCGAGGACUACGGGGACAUCGAGAUCGGUUCUCACCGCAGCUCUGGCAGCAGCAGCACCAACCUGGGGCCACCGACCGCGGGGGGAGGAGGAGGAGAUGACGGCUACAUGCCCAUGACCCCUGGUGUGGCUGCAGCCUUAGGGCAGGGAAGCAGGGGUGGAGAUGACUACAUGCCCAUGAGCCCCACCAGCGUGUCUGCCCCCAAACAGAUCUUGCAGCCCCGGCUAGGGGUGGGUGGUGGGUCCCCCGGGAAUGGGAGCAGCUACAAGACCAGCUCACCUGGGGAGAGCUCCCCUGAUGAUAGCGGGUACAUGCGAAUGUGGUGCAGCUCCAAGCUGUCCAUGGAGAGCUCAGACGGGAGGCUGACUAACGGCGACUACAUCAAUAUGUCUCCUCGGGACCCCCAGCAUGGGCCCCAGGCUCCCUCCCUCACCCCCCCAGACUUCUUUUUUGCUCCUUUGGGGCAUGGGUCCAGUGAGCCCCCCAAGCCUGGCUGCUAUUCCUACAGCUCCUUACCCCGCUCCUACAAGAGCCAGGGCCCGGUGAAGGACAGUGACCAGUACGUCUUCAUGAACUCCCCAGGGAGGGUGAUCCCGGAGGAGGCAGUGUGCGGAGUGGGCCAGUCCCCCACCGGCACCUUUGCCCCCUCUAGCCACACGGUGCCUUCGCCCCUGCGGCACAGCCGGACCGAGAGCUUCCUGAGCCAGCGGUGCCAGCGGGCGGCCCGGCCCAGCCGCCUCUCUCUGGAGACCUUGCGGACGAUGCUGCCUAGCAUGAAUGAGCACCCUCUGCCGCCUGAGCCCAAGAGUCCCGGAGAAUACAUCAACAUCGACUUUGGGGAUGCUGCCGUCUAUUCUCCCCCCUCGCUGCCUGCUGACAGCCCAGCCUCCUCCCUGGGCUCGGGCACAGGGCAGAGGCGCUCCCCUCUCUCUGACUACAUGAACAUCGACUUUGGGUCACAGUCACCCUCGCAGUCAGGCACAGUCUCUGUGGGCUCCCUGGAAGCACUCUCGCCAGGCUCUUCCUCCAGCACCAGCCAGCCUGAUGGGCGCUACAUGAAGACAACUGUGGGGGUGGCCUGUUUGUCCAGCCUGUCCGACGGUGGGGAUUACACCGAGAUGACCUUUGGCAUGGCUACCACCCCACCCCAACCCAUCGUUCAGAAGCCAGAAAGUGCCCGGGUCACCAGCCCAACAGCUGGCGUGAAGAGGCUCACUCUCUCUGGGGUGGAGGCUUUCAUUCUUUCCAGCCCUCCCCCAGACCCGAACCGGGGGGCCAAGGUCAUCCGGGCAGAUCCCCAGGGGCGCAGGAGGCACAGCUCGGAAACUUUCUCCUCCACCACCACUGUGACCCCUGUGUCCCCCUCCUUCGCACACAACCCAAAACGGCACAACUCAGCCUCGGUGGAGAAUGUGUCCCUCAGGAAAAGCGAAGGCCUGGAGGAGGAGCAGGGGAGCAGCCCCAUGUGCCGGGAGACCUCGGCUGGCUUCCAGAAUGGCCUCAACUACAUCGCCAUUGACGUGGUGGACGGGACCCUGGCAAAUUGUGACAAAGCCACAUUGAAAGCCAGGCACGUCCUGAAUGGGGGCAUCAAGGGAGUGGAGAUGAGUGCCUAUGCCAGCAUAGACUUUCUGUCUCACAACAUGAAAGAAGCAAGUGCUGUGAAAGGAAGUACAGGAAGAUGGAAAAGAUGAGAGAUCCACCGUUUGCAGAGCAAGCUUUGAACCUAAUUAAGACGAGAGGAUUGUUGAAUGAAAUGCCAAAGUUUGAAAGGAUGAACGCUUAUUCUGAAUGACGGGAAGGGUUGAGGGCAGAGCAUUAUUUGGCUGUUUUGCUGGGGUCCUUUUCAGGAUCCCUGUGGCUGGACCUGGACUGGUGGGGACGCGGUGGUCAGUGCUCUCCUCCUCCCCAUCAAGCUGUCCCGCCCCUGGCUUUGCAAACUGAUGUUUUUUUUUCACAGAAAAGAGGAGUUAUUCUUGAGCCACCUACAGCCCCAACUGCAAAAGCAAGCCCCACGUUGGGAAGGAGCUGUUUUAUUUCCACAACAUUCCCCAAACUGCUGACCCUGAGGCGGGGCUGGGGAGGGGGGGCGAGUAGGGGGAGGGGAGCGAGCACCAGUUACCCAGAAAAGCUGGAGUGGAUGGGAGUGCGGUCGCCAUCCGGGCGAAGAGCUGGAAUGGAAGAGCCAGAAAAGCAGGGGGAACCGACUGCGCCUCCUUCCCAUCCAGUAAACAAAAGGAUAACGCGAUAAACACAGUUGUGUUAAUUUCGUACGCGGUGUACAGAGGGGAUGGUUCACUCCUGCUACAGAUUUGUGGAAGGGUGUUUAUAGGCUCACUCAAAUAUUUGUUCGGCGUGCGUAUUUAUUUUUCCUCUUCCUCAUAAGCUCUUAAAUGCAGAUUGCGUUGAGAAAAGCGGUGGGGAAGCUCAUUGAGAUUUAAUCUCUCUGUAGGAGGCAAGGCUGUCUUCUCCAUCCCCCUCCUUCCCUGGGAAAUGCACGCUCAGGGUUGGGGGGGCUCGGGAAUGAAUUUGGCCAACAUUGGGCCAACAUGGUAAGGAAGAAAAUGCAGACAAGCAUCAUCAGUCAGCAGUGUGCAGGGUUAGGUGCCCAAACCAGGGUUUCAGGUUAGUUGCGCUUGUGGUGGAUAACCUGGAAAAGUCAUAGCAUGGGAAAGGAGAAAUAUGUCAAAAAAUCAAACCAGGUCGUUAACUUUUGCAGAUUUCCUAGUUUCUCUUUUGGUUUUCAUUGGGAUUUCACAACUGAGGUUUGUUUACGGAACAACUUCUGCAACUCUUCAAGAGAUCACAAAGUAUUGUGCCAGUGUUUUUGAAUUUCAAACAUUGUCAGUUGGGAGUCUGCUCAGAAUUUCAUGUUCUAUAGAGAAAGACAUAUGCAAGUUAAAGAAAACUGUAUGUUGAGUGUAAGGAGGAUUAUUUUAACACAGGAGUAGUUCAGGUAAAUGUGGGAGAAUCUAAUUUUUUAAAAAUUAUUGGUUUGCACAGGAGAUAGCUUAUAUAUAAUCAGCAUUGUUUACUUAGUUGUGUGCACUUUUCAGAUUUUGUUUUUAACUAUAUUAGCACAGCGAGAAGCUUAAUUUCUUCAAAACUUCUUGGAAAACUGAGAGGUUUCUAGCAAUUUUAAACCAAUGGACAAUCCGUAUAUACUAAAUAUUUAGAACAGAGGAAUCUCAGAGAUACAGGGUAUACAAAUGAGCUCCUUGUAAUUACCUUCACAGUAAACUAAUAUUUCGAUUUCUGGAAAAUACAUGUAAAAAACCAGUUUGAAUUCUUCCUGAAGGUCUGUAGCAGUAGAUGUGUUUCCAUGUGGAUAAGUAUUCUAAGGGAAAUAAUCUGUGGUGUUUAGACGUGGCUGGUUUUCAUGUGUAGCUUGUGUCUCUGCUGCCAGUAACUUGUAGGGAGUGCUGUGCUUUUGGAAAUCUCUGUCCGUGUUACCCUGUAGUGGCAAGAGCAAGCGAGUGCAUCUACAGCUGCUGUCAAAACAGAAAAAUUAAAAGGUUGCUUGACAUUAUCGUUUUGUUUAGUUUUAUUGUGUUCUGAAAGUGUGCAAAUAUUGAAGAAUUGGAGAAAUACCUGCCUUCAUCUAAUAUGUAAAUAAAAUUAACUGUUACUGGUUGGUUAAAAGUUGUUACUUGCUGAUAAUGAGCCUUUUUUCUUAAAUUAUGACCACUUUUUUGCUUAAAAACGUAUGAACUGUGUAUGGUUUUCAUUAUUUAUGGAGACUUGUACACUUGUUUUUCUCAUAUAGUGUAAAUUAGUUAUUCCAGUAUAUUUAUGACAGAUUACACCCAAUAAUGAUGUGACUUUUUAUGGUGGAUCUUAGUUCUGUUGAAGUCAAAUGGGAGUUUUUUUUAUACUUUGGUGGGGUUAAGAUUUUACUCUUUGUGCAUCAUCCUGAAAUUCUUAAGUUAAAUUCCUAUUAAAAUUAGUGAGUGUGUAAUAGGUGGUUUUGCUUAAUUGAAAAUACCAGACUUGGGUGGAUUGUCUUUAAUUUUAUUUCGUUUUCCGUUAACAAAAUGCUCUGUAACUUGUAAAUGUUCCUAGUAGUUGGUCUCGUUUUCUGAAAUUGAACAGAUACUAUAUGUAAUGGUGCAAAAAAACCUGAAGGUUGUUUUCCUCCUGUGCUAGUUUCUUUUGUCUUGAUUUACUUAAAGAAGUCAACAUCUGUCAUGCAUCUACUUAAGAUCAUAAUAAGGUGAUUUUUGAUAAUAAUAACCCCCUGCCUUGUCAAUUAGCUCCUUUGUGAGGGUUUUAUGAUUGCACCUAAACAAUAAAAAGCCUAUCUUGAGAAAUCUCUUCCUGUGUCUUUCUAAUGGCAUUUCAGAUUACUGAAGACAUAACCCUUGUUUCCUUUUUCUUUGGGAUUACUUCGCACAGUGAAUUAUAUUAUUAACGUUUUUUCUUCCCCUCUAAUAUGCCAACUGCUAUGAAGUAUUUGUUCUCGAGCAACAUGAGAAUGUUUGUCUUGUACAAAUCUUGUAUUCAUUUUUAAAUGACUUCUUAAAAAUAUUCAAAACCCUCUAUGUUUUGUUACAAAUCUGUACCUCUUUUAUAGUCUUUUUUGAAUAAAUUAGUUGUAAGUGUGGUAGCUUCUCUUACUCAUAAGAUCUGUGAGAACAUCAAAAUUAAAGCAGAAAGAACUGAACUACUUUUAAUAACUUACGUAGUUUACUUUUUGACCUCUUAACCUCAAUUUUUUUAAGUCUAAAUGUAUCUCUUGCUACCUCUAGAAAUGUACUUCUUGUUGCUCAGAUUAUGUUUCACAGGUGACCAAACCAAGAUGGUUAGCAGGGCCAUUUGUGAAACACAAAAUGUAAACUGAAGUUAUCUAAGAUUAAAUUAUGCCUUUGAUAAUUUAAAUUAUGUUGAUUACACGGAUGUCAGCUUUUUACAGGCAGAUAGAAUAUUAAAAUGCGUAGCAUGUAUUAGACUUUUAUUUUCCUUUAUACUUUAAAUUGUGUUUAGCUAUGCUGCUCAUAGAAAGAAUGUCAUGGUUACUUGGAGUCAUGUAAGAUAAAUUGUUAUAGACCAAGUUGAAUGGUGGGUUUGUUCUAAAUUGAACCAGUACAGUCAUUGCUCAAGGCAGAGGAAAUGCUUAGGUUGAUGAUUGCUUCUGAUUACUUGAUUUCUUUCAAGAUAGCUACACAGACUAACGUUUGCUUGUAAGUUAAAUGGAUAAAGGAAUGUUUGAACAGAAAGAGCAUUAGGACAUAUUUUAGAUGGUGGCUUUUUUCUGUUUUGUUUUAAUAAGGAAAGAAUAACAUGCUUUUCUUUACACUUGAUUUACUAUUUUUUUAAAUAGCAUUAAUUACACUGGAAUGCUGAAGUGGUUUAAAAGCUGAACACAGCAAGCAUCCACAGAAAAGUUAAAAUAGUGUAUGUAAUCUAACUUUCCUCCCCAUUUAGCAGUUAAAUGGCAACACGGGUCCCUCCAGGUAUUUUCUGUUUGUAUCACAUUUUCUCUGAAGCACCAUUAAUGUGUUUCUUUUUAAAGUAAUAAUCAUAUAAACAAAUGGCUAUACCUGGGCUAUUUUUUUUUUCCCCCAAUUUGUUCAAGUAUAGUGUAUUUUCAUCCAUUUCAUUGUCCAUAUGUUUUCUCUUUGUGUCCAGGUGUGUUGUGUAUUAGUAAUGUUAUAGUUCAGCAGAGUUUGUGAAAGUUUUAACAUUAUGUUGGCACAGCAUUUGUGGCAGUGAUUUUUAAGUGAGUAUAAGCGACUGAUUUGAUACAUUAGGGUAUGUAAUUAUGAGGGUUUCACAACUCUUUGUUUUUUUGUUGUCGUUUCUUACCAUGCUUGCUUGGACGUGAUCUACACAUACAAGGAAAUGGGGUAGCAUCCCUUGAGUUUUUAGAAGACAACGUAGUGACCCCGAAGUUCAGAUAGGUUUUGUUUAUGUGUCUGUUGCCUGGCAUGUAGUUACUUUUAAAGCUUUUGUGUGUAUAUGUGUAAGGGUUCAAGAGUGGCAGCGUUGAACACCCAAGUUCAGCUUCAACAAGUCCCCUUGUUGAUGGUUGUUGGAAAGGCUGGUUCUCUCCUGCGGCCUUUUCAAAGGAAAACUUUUCUUGAGGUUUUCUUUUUUUCUCUUUUAAACGCUUGUGUUUGUCUCAGCUGCCUUUAGCUAUCCAGCAUGUGGGCAUCUUGGGCGAGUCAGUCCUCCAGGUGCUCUCAAGAACCAGCAGCAGUAAACAGAGCCGGCAUGGAUGUCUCUUCCACGUCUUAAAUAAGGGUUAUAUGCCAGCAUGGAUUUUCCCCUUGCAUCUCUGUCAGCUGUAGAGGAAACCUGGAUUUUUGGUUUAGAUUGUGUUUGCAGUUUCCCCACUAAUUUAGGUAGGAUGAACCCCUCAGUUUUAGGUUUGUGCUUAUAUUUAAAGCAAGCUUGUAAGGAUUGGGCAUUACAAGCUUGAUUCAAAGCCCAGAGAAAUCAAUGUAAAGAUUGCUUACAUCCUUAUAGAGGCUCACCUAAAACAGACGCUUCACGGAGUGCUGAAGUGCUAACAUAAAAUAACAUUUGAAGCUCAUUCAAAGACAGCAGCACUGUGUAAUCUCCGCUGUGUUGCCAAUUAGACAGUAAUGAAUAACUUUCCUGAAGACUAGGUGUGAUCACAGCGACUAGUUGGUAAGUGCAUGCACGUUUGCAUGGACUUGUGCUAUUGCUUGGUAGCUGAGGCGAAAAACGGGCCACUCAGCUAGCAGUGGUUAGAAAAGAUACCCAAUCUGAUCGUAAGAAAUCCAUUUGGAAAUCACUUUAAAAGACCGAAAGCAAUACUCGAAAUUCUGUUACCUAUCCAGGAUUUUUCUUUCUUUUUUUUUUUUUCUUUCAAAACCAUUGUUCUCAAGUUUUUACCAGUGAUAAUGGCCCCAAGUUGUGUACAGGUCUAUGAAAACCAGUAAUAAUGAAAAUCCAGUUCUUGUGGGCUGUGGAAGACAGUACAGUUUGUAAAGAAGUACAUUACAAGUUAACACUGAGGAAAUACUUUCAAAAACAAACAUCUUUGAUGCUAGGGUGAUUAUUUUUGUUUGUUUGUUUGUUUUCAAAUCCAGAUUUCCCUGUCCUGGUUAAAUAAAAAUUACUUUUAGAGUGUAUUUUUAUUUUAGUGAUGCAAUCACAGAAAUAAUUAAAACAAACUGCAAGCCCCAGACCUAAGCCCCCACCUCCAGUCCUAACAUCUAUGCUGCAGAAGAGUAAUGCAAUAGCUUGGUUCCAUAGAUUAGGAAUGAUUCAGUGUUUUGUUUACAUUAUUUGUCAAUCUCAUCAGCAUCCUAGAGGAGAACACUUCCUUCCUGGCAGAUGGCAGCCCCAGGGCCAUGCACCUGCCAUGACAAGCACUACCGCACUAGUAAUCUACCCCAGCACUGCCGCUGACAAGAGGCUAAUGAUCGGAGACUGUCUGCCUGACAGGCUAAACAAAAUAGGAACGUGUUUGUCCUUCAGCCAGGGUCCCAGAAAUCUUAGGAAGGGCAGUCGGGGCAACAGUACUGAGGAAUUAUAAUGGCUCGGUGUCAACAGGAGGAAGGCCGGCGCGGUGCCUCUGGCCUGCGCUCCCUGGGAGCCGGGGUCGCAUGUACUUGCACAGGGGUCUGUCUCGUGCUGUUAAAUGGGGCCAAAGCGGUGUCUUAGAAAGAGUUACCUCGUUAAUUGCUUAUGAAUGGUGUGUUUGCUUGCAUAAUGUGUUCCUCUUUCAGUCGUUUGAUUUGUAAUAUUAUAUGUUUUUGUUAUGUCGUUACACCCGGAUCACUUAAUUUCUCUUAUGCGUUCGUGUGUGUUUGCUUUUCUUGUUUGAAAGGAGUGUGGGCGAUGUUUCUAGGGGAUGCUACCCAAGGCGAGAGUGUCUUUGAAGUAGGCCAGGAUGUUCUUUGCUAAAUUUAAAAACUACCCAAAUAUUACCCAGAGUUUGUAGAGCAUUAAGCAGGAUUACAUGACGCACGGAUUAGACAUUGUUGAGCAGCUUGUUUUUGUUUGAAGGGGUCAGAAAUGGAGGCACUGGGGCUUUAGUGUGAUGCCAAAAUAGCAAACUUGCUGAUACCAGAAACAGCAGAAGUUUCUUAGAAACAGUAGAGAACAGUGGAGAAUUUUCCACGCUUUUCCAAGUGAUGCUUUAGUAAAAUUUGUUUGAUAUGUGCUGUGAUGAUGAGUGUAAAGUGUGAAACUUAUUGUUCCAUUGGGUCUCAAUUUCCAAAUCUGUUUCACAGGCAGUUUAAAGUAGACUAAGCACAAUACUCAAAGUGUGGCUUGAGGCAGAGAACUUUGCUUCUCUUCAGUCAAAGACAAAUCAAUAAAUUCUUCCAGUAACAGUGGUAAAAUCAUGUCAAUGAAAUAAAAUCUGAGCCAUUUUAGACUUGCCUCUUGUCCUCCCAGGUAAUAUAUUAUUUUAAAAUAGUAUUGAAGGCAGUCCUAAUGUCCAGUUUAACUCGUCAUUACAUUGGAAGCAUUGUGAAACUAGUGCAUGGAAUGAGAAUUCAGAAGGUUUUUUUUUCUUUGGAUCUAAGAUUUUCCUCACUGGAAGUCAAAAGACUGAUUGAACAAGACAUUUGACAGUCUUUUGGGGGAGAGUUAGGCUGAAGUCUUAUACAGGAGACAGAGUAGUGUUCACCAAAUCAUAGAAUGUCCUGAGUUGGAAGGGACCCGCAAGGAUCAUUGGGUGUUGAACACUUACUCAAGAACAAGAAAACAAUAAUGAUGCUGGCUUAGUCUGUCUUCACUGGUGGACAUAACUGAGGCUAUAGAAAGUUAUUUGCAAUAACUAGUAAGCCACAUUCUAGCAUUAUUUAAAAGAAUAGAGUUAACAAAUGGGUGCAAACCUCAUGGGUGUGCUAUUUAGUGCAAAACCCCUUUACAUCACCAAGUUGACUCCUUCAACUACCAUGGUCUCCCCAGUGCUUGAAUUAUUAAGAAGUUAUGGUGUGAAUUUCUUCUGCAGUCAUUUUACCAGUUUCUCCAAUUCUGAUCUUUUCAAACUCCAGCGAGUUGUUUUAGUUUGCUUGAAAAGGCAGACCUAAUGUCAGGUGAUAUGUCCAACCAAAAUUUUAACUGAUACCAAAAUAGUUGAGUCAAGGAAUUAUGAGAUUUGAAUCUGGAAGGUUGAGGUAGAAUUCUUCUUCAAGGCAGUUGCAUUGUUUGGUUUGUAGCAUCAUUCAUUCUUACAACAUGAACAUUUGGAAAAAUUCACAGGAGUGUGGACCUGAAUCUUUUACAACAGGUGUCAGUCCUGAGCAAACAGUUUAUGCCAAAAUUAACGAGGUACAAGCAUAAGAAUACUGUCUCUUUAACAUAAGAAAAGUUAACGUGUUUGUUGUAACAAUCUUGUACAGAAUCUUGAUAAAAAUUUGUGAUGGUGUUUAAUAUUCAAGUUGUUUGUGAACUAUGAAAAGUCACUUUAUAAUAAAAUUAUUAUUAGUUGUGAUCUAGCAUAAAACUUAGAACAUUUAUGUUUGGAUUUGGAAUCAGACUUUCAUAACUUAAAGCAAGGGUAUUUAAUUCACUCAGUGAUGAAGUUACAUAAUUAGUACUUAUGACAUUUGACAAUAGUUAUAGAGAAGUGACUGUGUCGAGGAGCAUUAGGAAAAUAUAUAUAUAUAUAUAUAUAUAUAUAUAUAUAUAUAUAUAUAUAUAUAUAUAUAUAUAUAAAAUCCUGAGACACGGAAUACUUGACAGAAUUGGCCAUAAUCCUGAAAUGGUUAGUUCUCAGGACUUCCUAAUCCCAAUAGUCUAGCAGUUACUCUCAGAAAUAUCAACACGAGAUUCUAACAUGCACCAAAACCAGCGCUUUCAUUUGGAUAUCUACAGGAAGGUAACUUAUUACACUGUUCUUUUUUAAUCUUUGAAUGUCAAAUGAAAAUCCUGUCAAGAUCAGCUCGUCACUUGUGUAUUUUUUAAAAAAAUAGUAAAUUCUAAAGAAAUAAAUUGGUAGUGUUCAGUUGUUGAAUGUCCACAAAUAGGAUAGUUUCCAGAUACGAAUGUACUGGUGUAUUUCAGCGUUGUAAGUGAUUUCUAGUCCAGGUCCUCUCUUAAUUUCUUUCCAUUAGUAUGAAUGUUCAAGUGACAGUAAACUAAAAGCUUUGUAAGGUAUGGUAACAUCUGUUAUUUAAACACAAAAUGAGCAAAAAAAUAAAACCCCACAACUUGAUAGCAGUGAAAUAGCUGGACUCUCUUGUUAUUGAUUUUUAGUACAACUAAAAUUCAGCCUUCAGGAAAUAAAUUGAUGGACUUCUAUUUUAGUAAAUGUAUGCUAGACUAUGCGAGGAAGUGAAAAUGAUAGACCCUGAGAUAGUGCAGCCUGAGCGAGCAGGGUCAGGCUGGUGAGCCCAAGCGCAGGGGAGCUGGGAAUGGGCUGUGCAGGGUAUUCAGAGACCCCGCUGUUGUUCUGCAGAGUCUUUACGAGAGGUCAUUGAGAAAAUCUCCUGUGAGUCUGAAAUAAUGCGCAAAGUCUUCAGGCUGCUUCAUUUGUCACAAAUAUGGCAAGUGUUAACUGGCCAUACUGGUUUUGUGGAUGCUAUGUUGUCAUAUUAGGAGAAAAUACUACAACAUGUUUGAUUCCUCUCCCUCCUCAGAUGUUUUAAAUUUUGUUUGUACUCAUAGAUUAGCUGGUGUAGCUUUUCCAGUGUUUCAGUGUUUCAAUCAUACGAUUUAAAAAAAAAAACAAAAAACAACAUACUGAGAAUUAUUUACAUGAUAUUUUUGGUCAUGUAGACUUAGACUUAUAUUCUGCUUAGUUUUACUUUGUCAAAUCGUAUAACUGUAUUGAUUUUCACUAAUAACUUCUAUGUUGUUAUCGUGCAGCUUGCUCUGUGUCCUUCUUUAAGCGUAGGAGAAGCAGAAUGCUGGAGUUUAAAAAACAAACAAAACCAACCAAACAAAACCAACCAAACAAAACCAACCAAACAAAACCAACCAAACAAAACCAACCAAACAAAACCAACCAAACAAAAACAAACAAAAAAAACC